UCAGUAUUUUGUAAACAUGUUUUAUUUCUAGAUACAAUGCCAGAAACACUGAAAUUGCAGAUCAACUUUUCUGGUGGAGCUGAGUUAUUGUUUGAUAAGAUUAAGAAGCAUAAUAUUGAGUUGCCAUCAGUAAGAAAGUAUUUACCUGAUAGUAAAGCUGAGAAAUGGACAAUACGGGAAUUGCUGGUAUGGAUUAAGGGUAACUUGUUGAAAGAGAGACCAGAAUUAUUUCUACAGGGAGACUCAGUAAGACCUGGUAUCCUGGUACUAAUAAAUGAUGCCGAUUGGGAGCUUUUUGGAGAGCUGGAGUAUGAGUUACAGCAAAAUGACAAUAUAAUGUUUAUAUCCACUCUUCAUGGAGGGUAGUUCUAAUAAAAUAUAGAUUUUGUUUAA